CAGACGACCCGUGCUGCAGGGUGUUGACAUCAACAGUCCCGCAGAUGGUUGCCUGGGACAGUAUGUUUCCGUGAGAAUUUGUGCUCGCAAAGUGGGCUUCUGAGAACGCAAAAACAACAAGAUCUGAUCGAUCGUUCGAUCGUUUAUGUAGGGGGGAUAUCUAUUUUCAUUAAUAAGAACAUACACACGCUUAGGCUGAUCACGCUGCCAAAGAUGGCUCAACUCACCCAUCUCCCGACCGAGAUCAUACUCCACAUUAUCUCUUUUGUACAGUCCUACGGCGAUAUUGCGGCGUUGGCUGCACAGUCUUCCCAUCUCUACCAGGCGUGUGAUAUGAGGGCCCGUGAGAGGUUCCGCCAGAUCCGCAUUACAAACAAUGCCAAGCAUCUUGAGAGCGCCUUCGCGGCCCUGAUGGACAUCCUGAAACAGCCAUAUCUAGGCCGCUAUGUGCGUCAUAUUGAGUACUGGGAGCCUGUGACGAUGGCCUACCGGCACCCACCCUCCUGUGAAUUCGAUGCGUCAUCACCAGCUGAGGAAGACAUGGAAAUGAUCCGAGCUGCAAUCUACAGAGCAGGAUUUCCUGACCGUGGGAUUGAACCCCUGAUUACGAUAGUUAAGCAGAUCUCCGGUGUCACCCAUCGCAGGGAAAAAGAGGAGUUUCAUUCACCCCUUCUCGCGCAGGUUCUGACAGCACUUCUUAUCUCCGUGGCACCGGAAGUAGAAUCCAUGGCCCUCUCCCAGCCCUUUCCCAGCCAGAUUGUCGUGCCCUGGCAAACAGACCCCAUCAACCACAAGCGUAUAAGGCUCCCUUUGCAUUGGCUUCUACACCAAGUCAACAACAGGGACACGUUCCCGGGUGCCCGAGGGCCGAAGCUCCUGAGAAAGCUUCGCGACGUAUACUUGAUCGACGAGACGUGCGACACAUCCUGGAUAGAAGAUGAAGCCAUUCUUAUGACGGACGUCUUUGACUUCAUAAAUCUCUUUCGCCGUCUUCCAUCGAUUGAGUCGAUUGGCAUGGAUGGGCUGAGAACAAAUGUCGUCGGUAAGCACGGGGUCUCCUUUGCCUCGUCCAAUAUUACCCGUAUCCGGAUCGAGCACUCGACGGUCGACAGCAUGGACUUGGCAAGUAUUAUCUGUCUUUGCAAGCAGCUCCGAGAGUUUGGAUGCUCCAUCGGGGCCGAGUUAGUCGGUGGCGACCUUAGAGGUACAUGGACCGCAUUUCGAAUCGUCUUCCAAGCGCUUUUGGUCCACCGUACAACCUUGGAGCUUCUACAUAUAGAUGCCGCAUACAUAGAUCUUAAUACAGAUACGGUAGAACGGGUUCUUCUUGGCCUAAGUGAGGAUUUCGAAAAACGCGGACAAAUGGGAGCAAUCCGAAUUGCGCAUGAGAUGGCUUUGAUCGAUAGGCAAGUGAAGCUGCCGGUCUGGAUUUGGGACCAAGCCGGUUCUUUGGCCGACUUCUCCGCCUUGAAGCACUUGGAUCUGGAGAUUCAGUACCUGUUGUACAUGGCGAGGGGGGUGAGGACCGCGAGAGACGAUGAAUACCAGCUCGCUGAUCGGUUGCCGCCCAAGUUGGAGCAUCUCCUGAUCAACGCAUAUGAGAAAAACCAGAACGAGAAUUUCGACAAGCAGGUGGACUCCUUGAGAUCAUCGGAGAGAGAGCAGCGUCUCAGCAGCCUGAAGACUAUUCUGGGAAUCGAUCCCACAAUCCCGGUGGUCCCGCCAUGGGAAGAAGGGCCUGGGUUAAGUGCACAUGUGCGUCGGUUGAUCGAGGACGUUUCGGAUCGGAAGAAGAGCAAGUGAAGCAAUUUAUCCUUGAUCCGAGUAUCAGUGAUGAAUCCCCAGAAUUUCUCAGGCAUCUGAACACAAUCAUUGCACUCCUGCGCGAAGAACGCUUCAGGUGGUGAGAGUGAUUUAGCGAUUGUCUAGGUCUGGGAAGUAUUCUGACUUGGGCGAUGCCCGUGUACAUGUACUGAGUCACACAAGCCGCACCAGAAUGUUGUUAAUUUCUG